GCUGUGUGCCUUUAUUUUCAGUGACUCCUUCUCCAGCGAAGCAUAGAGCCAAGAUGGACGACAUCGUGGUUGUAGCUCAGGGCUCCCAGGCCUCUCGGAAUGUCAGCAACGAUCCUGAUGUCAUUAAGUUGCAAGAGAUUCCAACCUUCCAGCCGCUUUUGAAAGGGCUGUUGAGUGGCCAGACGUCCCCAGCCAAUCCGAAACUGGAGAAACUGGAUUCCCAGCAGGUGUUGCAACUCUGCCUGCGCUAUCAGGAUCACCUGCACCAGUGUGCGGAGGCCGUGGCUUUCGAUCAGAAUGCUUUGGUUAAACGAAUCAAGGAGAUGGACCUGUCCGUGGAAACCCUCUUCAGCUUCAUGCAGGAGCGCCAGAAGAGGUAUGCCAAGUACGCCGAGCAGAUCCAGAAGGUCAACGAGAUGUCCGCCAUCCUGCGCCGCGUGCAGAUGGGCAUCGACCAGACCGUGCCGCUCAUGGAGAGGCUCAACAGCGUCCUGCCGGAGGCCGAGAGGCUGGAGCCCUUCAGCAUGAGGCCCGAUCGCGGGCCCGAGCUCUAGACCCGCCUGCCGCCGUCCUGGAGGCAGCGACACCAUCCCGGAGGGCGCCGAGCUGGGCCUGCCAAGGAGGGUUCUGCAGCAGCUGCACAGACGCGAGCCCCCACACAGCCCGCCUGUCCUUCCCAGGGGCCUUCUCCCAGCCAAAUGCACCAAACCAGUGCUCGGCCAGAACUGCAGUUGGACCAUUUGAAUUACCAGGAGUUCCUUAAAGAACUCUGCGUUGUGAAUUAUUUUUAUUUUAUUUAGAUUUUUUAAAAAGUAGUUGUGUAUAUAGGCCAGUCCAGCUACCUGAGCAAAAAUGUGGAGACAAAGGAGAAAUAUGUUCAGCAGCUCCUGCCCCCCACGGCUCCUGAAAUGGUACGCAGGCUUCGGGGUUCAGUUGUAACAAUAAAAACGAAUUUAAUCGAG